GGGUGGCGGCGAUGCUGAGGAGGGCGGCGGAGGCGGCGGCCAGGGGGCUGAGGAGGCCGCUGGGGAGGAGGCAGAGAGGGGGGGGCGGCGGCAGCCCCUCCGGCAGUGCCCGCGCCCCAAGGAUCUACACCCGGACAGGGGAUGGAGGCUUCUCCAGCACCUUCACCGGCGAGAGGAGGCCCAAGGACGACCGCGUCUUCGAGGCGCUGGGCACCACGGACGAGCUGAGCUCUGCCAUCGGGCUGGCUGGUGAGUUCGGUGCCGAGAAGGGGCACGGCUUCGUGGAGCAGCUUCACAAGGUCCAGUGCAUGCUGCAGGAUGUGGGCUCCAACAUCGCGACGCCUCUCUCCUCAGCCAGGGAAGCUCACUUAAAACGAACUGCGUUCAGCGAGAAGCCUGUCCUGGAGCUGGAGCAGUGGAUUGACAGCUACUCAGAGCAGCUUCCUCCGCUCAGAGCUUUCAUCCUGCCCUCGGGAGGUAAAAGCAGCGCCGCUCUCCAUUUUUCCCGAGCCGUCUGCCGCAGAGCUGAGAGGUGUGUGGUUCCGUUAGUACAAGCAGGGGAAGCAGAUCCAAACGUGGCCAAAUAUUUAAACAGACUGAGCGACUACCUCUUCGUUUUGGCCCGUUACGCUGCAAUGAAGGAAGGGAAGGAAGAGAAAAUAUACAUCAAGCCUGAGCAGUGACUGGGAGCUGGGAUCUUUGCUUUCUAGAUCAGUGGAAAGCGGCAGGUUCUGUGGAAAGGCUUUGAGGCUUUGACGGGGCUCUGAGGAAUGAAGAAGAGAAAACAAUCAGCUUCUCUCUGUAAGUCACAACGCCCGUGCAGAACAGCCACUGUGCCGAGAUUCAGGAACUCUGUCCACAGGCGUUGAAAUAAUAAAUGUGAUUUACUUGUACCAAA